GUGUGCGAUAUGUUUGCUGCGAGAUUGAUCAUCCUGCUGAGUUUUUCUUGGUUUAGCACAUGUGCCAUUGAUCGUGAUGAUCCUGUGCUCGUGGAUCUUCACUAUGGAAAGCUACGCGGACGCGAUAAUAUUUUCUAUUACAGCUACGAGUCACUCCCAUACGCUGAGCCCCCCAUCGGAGAACUCAGAUUUGAAGCUCCACAACCGUACAAGCAGCAGUGGACAGACACCUUCAAUGCCACACAACCCCCUGUGACGUGCAUGCAAUGGAAUCAGUUUAUCUUUGGAGACAGCAAGCUGGCUGGCGAUGAGGACUGUCUGACUGUUAGCAUUUAUAAACCGAAGAAUGGCAGCCGGAACAGCUUUCCCGUUGUGGCCCACAUGCACGGAGGCGCAUUCAUGUUCGGCGAAGCCAGACAAAAUGGACACGAAAAUAUGAUGCGCGAGGGAAAUCUCAUUCUCGUGAAGAUAAGCUACCGCCUUGGGCCUCUGGGCUUUGCCAGCACUGGUGAUGCGAAUCUGCCCGGAAACUUUGGCCUGAAGGAUCAGCGCCUGGCCUUGCUCUGGAUCAAGCAGAACAUAGCCAGCUUCGGUGGUGAACCAGAUAACAUUCUAGUGAUAGGGCACUCAGCGGGCGGUGCUUCCGUUCAUCUGCAGAUGCUAACUGAAGACUUUAGCAAGGUGGCCAGAGCAGCCAUCUCUUUCGGAGGAAAUGCUGUAGAUCCAUGGGUGAUUCAGAGGAGUGCACGAGAGCGGGCCUUUGAACUCGGCCGUAUUGUCGGCUGUGGACAGGCAAGCGACUCUGUGACACUCAAGAAAUGUUUGAAGUCCAAGUCCGCAAGUGAAAUAGUCUCGGCUGUCAGUAGCUUCCUCGUGUUUUCAUAUGUUCCGUUUACGCCUUUCGGUCCUGUUGUGGAACCGGCAGAUGCACCAGAAGCCUUCAUUACCCAACAUCCUAUCGAUAUUAUUAAGAGCGGAAAGUUUGCACAGGUUCCUUGGGCUGUGUCGUACAACACCGAGGAUGGUUGCUACAACGCAGCUGUGCUGCUGGAAAAACAAGCUUCAAACGGCCGAGAAUUGAUAGUUGACCUUAAUGAUCGAUGGUUUGACUGGGCGCCGUAUUUGUUGUUUUACCGUGACUCAAUGUCGACCAUCAAGGAUAUGGACGAUUACUCCCGUGAACUGAGGCAGGAGUAUAUGGGAGAUCGCCGAUUCAGUGUGGAAAGAUAUUUGGACCUGCAACGGCUUUUUACUGACGUUCUGUUCAAAAAUGGCACGGAACUGGCAUUGGAUCUUUAUCGCAAACACGGAAAGAGUCCAGUGUAUGCGUUUGUCUACGACAAUCCUGCCAACACAGGAGUUGGCCAGUUCUUAGCCAAACGCACUGAUGUUAAUUUUGGAACGUGCCAUGGGGAUGAGUAUUUCCUGAUAUUCGAAAACCUUGCACGAGGCCCUAAGAUGCGACCAGAUGAGGAAAUAAUUUUACGAAACUUCCUUAAUAUGUUAAAAGACUUUGUUAUCAGCGAGAACGGAACUAUGACAUAUGGAAACUGCGUUUUGCAGGAUAAUAUUGGCUGCAUCCAACCUCAACUGCUUUCUAUAACCCGAGAUGGCUGCAAAAACCUGCAACUACAAUUGUAA